CUCAAACCCUAGAAGCUCUUCGCAUGUCUAUAUAUAUGUUUGUGUAAAAAAGAACUAAGCGUAAAGAGGAAUUAAGAAAGAGAGAAAGGACCUAAAAGCUGAGAGAGAUGGUAGGAGGAAGAAGAUUAGGGAAGAGAGGAAGCCCUUUGUUGAGAUGGAGUGUGAAACAAGAAAGCUUCAGCCAUGGAUUCUCAAAAUCUGACCUCCAAGCUCUCUCUUCCAUUUGCGACGCUAUUAUGCCUCCUGUUCCAUUAGAGAGCUUAAAUCUUGAGAUGAAGUUGAAGGUUUUGCGCAACGAUGCACUCUUAUCUUUCUUCAAGUCUUCUUCUUCUGAGUCUCAUGUUCGACCAGAUGAGGUGGCAGAGCUACUGGCGACCAAGGCAAUACCAUUGACAGUUUUAGUGGUGAGAAUAGUUUUGAGAAUACUCACAUUCAGACUGGGGACGUUACUGCUUUGCGGGUUAGUCUGUCUUGACAAGAAGCAUUGGCCUUUUCUUCUCAAGUUCUCUGAAAUGUCCCUGGAGAAGAGGGAAAAGGUUCUUCAGAGAUGGAACACACAGUGGUAUAACCCACUAGCGAGAAUCGGCUUUAUGAUGAUCAAAGCCAUCUUCUUGUUCUACUACUUCACAUGGACAAAUGAAAAUUCAGAAAACCCAGUAUGGGAUGCAAUUAAUUAUAGCGUGGAAAUUGGUGAAAAUGAGGACAUGGAACAAAAGGAAAGACCUCUAGAUGAAGGGAUCAUCGAGACUGCAAAAGAAGAUGAGAUGACCAUCAAGCAACGUAUGAUCAACAAAGGCCUCAAAGUCACAGAAGACAGAGAAAGGGACACUUACAAGAUCGAGUGUGAUGCAGUGGUAGUGGGUUCUGGCUGUGGCGGAGGGGUUGCAGCUGCAAUUCUAGCAAAGUCGGGCCUUAGGGUGGUAGUUAUCGAGAAGGGGAACUACUUUGCCCCCAGAGACUACUCAGCUCUCGAGGGCCCUUCCAUGUUUGAGCUGUUUGAGUCCAAUAGCUUGAUGAUGACUCAUGAUGGCAGGUUCCGGUUCAUGGCAGGAUCAACAGUCGGUGGUGGCUCUGUGGUAAACUGGGCAGCGUCCUUAAAAACACCUGAUGCUAUCAUCGAAGAAUGGUCAGUACAUCGAGGGAUUUCAAUAUAUUCUAGUGAGAAAUAUAAGGCGGCGAUGGGUAUUGUCUGCAAGAGGUUAGGUGUCACUGAGAAAAUCAUCAGAGAAGGGUUUCAGAACCAGAUUCUGCGGAAAGGUUGCGAGAAGCUUGGUUUGGAUGUGACAAUAGUGCCAAGGAAUUCAACAGAGAAACAUUAUUGCGGUAGUUGCUCGUAUGGAUGCCCAACCGGAGAGAAGAGAGGGACAGAUUCAACCUGGCUGGUUGAUGCAGUUAACAACAAUGCUGUGAUCCUAACACAGUGCAAGGCUGAGAAACUAAUCUUGGCGGAUAACGAUGCUAACAAAAGAGAGGAGAGCGGACGAAGAAAAAGAUGUUUGGGAGUCGCAGCCUCUCUAUCCCACCAAACCAGAAAGAAGCUUCAGAUCAAUGCCAAAGUGACAAUUGUGGCUUGCGGCUCGCUUAAGACACCAGGAUUGUUGGCUUCAAGCGGGUUGAAGAAUUCAAACAUCAGUCGCGGUCUCCAUAUCCACCCUAUCAUGAUGGCUUGGGGCUACUUCCCAGAAAAGAAUUCAGAAUUGGAAGGAGCGGCUCAUGAGGGAGAGAUCGUCACUUCAUUGCAUUAUGUGCAUCCAAUGGACUCCACUACACCUAACAUCACACUGGAGACUCCUGCUAUAGGACCAGGUACGUUCGCAGCUCUGACCCCGUGGGUCUCUGGGUCAGACAUGAAAGAAAGAAUGGCCAAAUACGCAAGAACAGCUCAUAUUUUUGCCAUGGUGAGAGAUGAAGGAGUUGGAGAGGUGAAAGGAGACAUUGUCAAAUACAGAUUAACCAAAGCGGACGAAGAGAAUCUGACAAUUGGGUUAAAGCAAGCACUGAGGAUCCUAGUAGCAGCAGGAGCAGCGGAGGUAGGCACAUACAGGAGCGACGGGCAGAGAAUGAAGUGUGAUGGAAUCAAACAGAAAGAUCUAGAGGCAUUUUUAGAUACCGUAAACGCGCCACCUGGAGUUGUGUCCAUGAGUAAGCAUUGGACUCAAUCCUUUACAGCGCAUCAAAUAGGAUGUUGCCGUAUGGGUGCCACAGAAAAGGAAGGAGCCAUUGAUGGAAAAGGAGAGAGCUGGGAGGCAGAAGAUUUGUAUGUCUGUGAUGCAAGUGUUCUGCCUACAGCUCUUGGUGUUAAUCCCAUGAUCACCGUUCAGUCCACUGCUUACUGCAUAUCCAACAGAAUAGCCGAGUUAAUGAAGAAGAGGAAGAAAGACUGA